AUGCAGAAGCUGCUGCACAAGGAUGAUGGAAAGUCAGUGCCGCCAGAAUUUCACAGGCAUCUGGAAAUCGAGUACAAGGCAGCCAAGGGCUCCUUCUCAGCGUAUGCAUAUGAGGUGCUGCCGCUAAUGCACACCCUGCUCAGCAAAAACCACUUGGAGGCAGAGCAGUUCAGAAACGACUCCCUGGCCUUCCUCAGCGGCUACCGUGGGCACAGCGGCCCCCUGAUGCAAGAGUUUGCCAGCAAGUCUAGGCGGGGGCUGAAGGGGGCGGACGCGGCUGGCGACACUGACCACGCACACAGCCUUGUCAAGGUGCCACUGGUGGUUGCCAGAUACGCGGGUGACGAUGAGCUGGCUGACAGGCUGGCGGCCGUCAUAGCGGUGCAUCAGGCCAACGAGGAGGCCACGGCUGCAGCCCUUGUGUUCUCGGCCAUCCUGGAGCGCAUGGCCCUCCAUGGUGCCACCAUGCAGGAAGCAGCAGAGUGGGCAGCAGGAGAGGGCAGCUCGCUGGAGAGGGGGAGAGGGUGGGUGAGGGAGGUGCUUGAGCAGCAGCAGAUGGGCGCGGUUGAGGGGGUGCAGCACUUUGGGAGUGGCCCCAAGGCAGUCAGUGUGCUGCAGAGCAGCCUCCACCUGGCCCUCUCAGCAGGCAGCUAUGUGGACGGCGUGCGCAACAACAUCAUGGCCGGCGGCGACACAACAAGCAGGGCGCAUGUCGUGGGAGCGCUGCUGGCUGCUCAGCAUGGGGACUCCAGCCUGCCAAAGAAGUGGAGGAAGAAGGCCACCAAGUUCAUGGACGUGAAGCAGAUGGUGCAUGUGAUCAUUGUGCAGCGCACACAGUUUGUGCCUUUCUUCAUCAACCGUGACCCCAGGCAGAACCCUGAUGCACCCAGAAAUGCAACUCUUGUUUGA